CAUGCUAUUAUCUUGUAUAUAGAAUGAAUUAGUCCAGCCAUUAUAUUCCGGCUAACGUUAACUCGAACAUCUGUUGAAGAUAUGCAUCACACAAAGAUGAUUGCGCUAAAGCGGUUACUUCUUAGUUUUGGCGUCCUAUUGUAUGCCGCUUACACGGUAAACACACAAGAUUUUAAUUGUCUCGGAAAUUGGAAGGGAUUUGAUAACGCGUGUUACUAUAUGAGCUUCGAGAAGAAGAAUUGGCAGGAAGCCAGUACUGAUUGCGAGGAUAAAGGGGGAAAGCUUGCUCAUAUUAGCGGGGAUGACGUUAACAAUUUUAUAAUGAAAACAUACAGAAGCCAACUAAAAAAACAAAAUCUCUGGAUUGGUGUGAGAAGAUGCUCUGUCAUAGCGACGAAAUGGUGCUACAGUAAUGGAAGAAGCGUAGUGUAUACAAAUUGGCGCCAAGGUGAACCGAGUGAUUCCGGUGGGGUGGAAGAUUGCGUUGAAAUGUAUAUUGGAGGAACCUGGAAUAACAAUAGAUGCAGGGAAUCUAAGCCUUAUGUCUGCCAAAUGAUAGAUCUUGAUGAAUGUGCAUUAGGAACUCACAAGUGCUCUUCACAAGGAACAUGCAACAAUACCUUUGGAUCUUACAAUUGUGUUUGUAAUGCGGGCUUUACAGGAAAUGGAACCGUCUGUACAGAUAAGGAUGAAUGCUCCUCAAACCUUCAUAACUGUCAUAUCCGGGCAAGUUGUUCUAACACAAAAGGAUCAUUUAACUGUACUUGCAAAAGUGGUUAUUCUGGAAAUGGUACUUUUUGUAAUGACGUAAAUGAAUGCUCAACGAAACUGCAUAACUGUCAUAGUCAGGCUAAAUGUACAGACACGAAAGGAUCUUUUAAAUGUACUUGCAAGAGAGGUUACUCUGGAGAUGGCACAUUUUGUUUUGAUAUCGAUGAAUGCUUUACAAAUGUACACAAUUGUCAUAAUCACGCUAAUUGUAUAAACACAGAAGGAUCUUUUAACUGUACUUGCAAAAAUGGUCACUCUGGAAACGGUACUUUUUGCUUUGACAAUGACGAGUGCUCCACAAACUCACACAAUUGUCAUAAUUAUGCGAGCUGCAUAAACACGGAAGGAUCUUUCAACUGUCUUUGCAAAACUGGGUACUCUGGAAAUGGUACAUCAUGUUCUGAUGUCGAUGAAUGCUCUACAAAUGUACACAAUUGUCAUCAUAACGCUAAUUGUAUAAACACAGAAGGAUCUUUCAACUGUACUUGCAAAAAUGGUUACUCUGGAAACGGUACUUUUUGCUUUGACAAUAACGAAUGCUCCACAAACUCACACAAUUGUCAUAAUAAUGCGAAUUGCAUAAACACGAAAGGAUCUUUCAACUGUCGUUGCAAAAAUGGUUACUCUGGAAAUGGUACAUCAUGUUUUGAUGUUGAUGAAUGCUCUACAAAAGUAAACAAUUGUCACAAUCAAGCAAAGUGUACGAACACAGAUGGUUCUUUUAAGUGUAUUUGUAUUGAAGGUUAUUCAGGAAAUGGUGCAUCUUGUUUUGACCUAGAUGAAUGCUCUAAAAAUCUGCAUAAUUGUCAUAAUCAUGCUGAUUGUGUAAAUACAAAAGGAUCAUUUAGCUGUAUCUGUCAAAGAGGUUAUUCUGGAAAUGGCACUAUUUGUAUUGAAUCUGGUUUAACGAUUGCUGAGCUGAACAAUCAGGCUGAUGAACUCAAUAAUAAAAACAGGUCAACGUGGAAACUAGCAGCGGAAAAGAUCAUAAACGACCUUUUCUACCUGACAGAUCUAGACAUAAACCAUGGCAAAGGAAAUGGAACGGAAAAGAAAAGUGCUGCGAUCCUCACUGAUACUGUCAGAAUACUUCAAAAGAUCGUUGAUUUAAAUAUUUCUGAUAGCAGUCUUGAUUUAUUAGGCCCAGCAAGCAACAUAUUGGAUCGUAGAUAUACAGAAACCUGGGAAACAACAACGGAGGGGGGAGUUAUACGUGAUCUGGCAAUAACCUUGGAAAAAUACGGAUUACAACAUGCAAAUAGCCUGAGAAAUAGCACAACCAAUUCAUCCGUCUUCCAAAACCAUUCCAACAUACAACUACGCGUCUUGUACAUAAAGCCAGCUGGAAAAUUAUCAAGAAAGGAGAGAAUUUUUAAUUUUUCAAAAGCAUCGUUCAAACUUUCGAAUGAUGAAUUAUCCAAUGAAACUGAUACUGUUGUUGCUGUUCUGUGGUAUAAGACAUUGCACUCUUUCUUAACAAAAAGCUUUUAUGGUGAUAUCCAGGAAGAACUAAAAAGCGAAAUUAUCAGUGUAAAUGUGCGACCUGAGCCAAAGAUGCCUUUUGAGAAGCCUGUUCGUAUCAGCUGGGAUAAAGAUGAAGUGAACCAAUCUGAAACUUGUGUGUACUGGAAGCCAGAAUUGAGCGAAAACAGAUGGAAGAGUGACGGAUGUAAAAGAGUCCCAGACAGUAAAAGCUUGGCAUGUGAAUGUUACCAUCUCACCGCUUUCGCGUCCAUGGAUAUUUCGAGAAAAAUGAUAAGCGGUAGCGAGAAGAGAGCUUUGGAACUAAUAUCCACGAUUGGCUGUUCUUUGUCUCUCUUUGGAGUAACUGUGACCAUUCUCGCUCAUGCAUUCAUGUGGAAAGUCAUACACAGAAAUGUUAGAAGUAAAGUACCUUCCCAAGUGCUUAUGAAUCUCUGUGUUGUGAUCGGAAUAACAGACAUUCUGGCUAUCAUGGCUGGACCAGCACAUGAUUAUGAACGCUUUUGUAUUGCCGUUUCUAUAUUGUUAUAUUUCUUCGUACUUUCCCUUUUUGGAUGGAUGUUAUGUGAAGGGAUUGUCAUGUACUUCCAACUCGUGAAUGUCUUCACAGGUUUGGGUAUGGGAGGAAAACACAUGAGAGCAUUUUAUGCAAUUGGUUGGGGUCUCCCAAUUAUUGUGAUGUCGGUUCUACUUGGUACAAAUGAUCGCGAGGAUUUCAGAACCAAACAUGCAUGUUGGUGUCGUGGUGGUGGUGCACUGUUCUGGACUUUUGUUGCUACCAUAGUACUAAUUUUAUCGAUCAACUUGGUUAUUUUUAUUCUGGCCUUACGAAAUGCCUUAGCAUCCAGCGAAAUAGGCACCACAAAUACAGAAGCUGUUAGCAAGUUGAAAAGAGUAAAAGUUGGUUUAAAAGGUUCAGCAAUACUGCUGCCUCUGCUUGGACUCACGUGGGUUUUUGGUUUACUGGUUUUCAAUCGAGACACAAUUGCCUUUAAAUAUUUAUUUGCAAUAUUCAAUUCUCUGCAAGGAUUCGUGAUAUUUGUUUUUCAUGUGUUGCUUAACAGCAAGGUUCACGAAGCAAUUAGAACGGAAAAGAAGGCAGCUAAACUUCCUCACACAACUUAUGCUUUCAUAAAAAGCAGUACUUUAGAUGAUACUGCUACAGGAAGCACUAGUGAUUACAGCAACGCUGGCGAAAACGGAAAUCUUUCUACAAGUACACGCCCAAUUUUUCCGAAGAAAAUUUUCAAGAGCAACCCAUUUGCUGUGAGGAAAAAAUAUACGAUACAGAAACCGGAUCAAGGCGGCUUAACAGAAGACAGAAAUGAAUACAUUGGACAGUAUACUAAAGGAAACCCUCUGGAGAAAAUUCAAUUAGCUAAAUUAUAAUAGGAAUAUCAGCAGGUUUCUCGAUAGAGACCGAGGACAGAAACACAACGGCGGUGCAUACAAUGCAGAAUUGAACACAUGUAACAAUGACCCGCGAGUUUUGAAUGUCAUAUGGAUGCAUUGUUAUUAAGGUGUUCUAAAUUGGAAAUAGAGCCUUUUUAAACUGGAUAUAAGGCCGUGUAAUCUACUCAAGUGGAAACAAGGAUUGUUCUCUAGUUAUAUUUGUUCGUUUAGGGUUCACUGUUAUCGCGACAGCUGCUACGAAUCGCUUCGAACAUUUCGUGGUAGAAUAACUUAAACGGAGUAAUUUCAAAUUAAAAAUACCUUAAGGAGGUACACUACAAAAAUUCUUUUCUCUCUAUGUUACUAGUCAAGUUGAAUGAAAAAAAGGAGUGGUAUGAACGUGUAGUUACUAUACUUACAAACACAUGCAAGGCACAUCCAAAUGUGGAAAAUGGCAGAUUUCUUUAAAAAAGAUAAUUAACCAAAUUUUAACACUGCAAUGAUGUACGGUGCUUUUAUUUAGCUGUGAAUGUGUUUGCCUAGAAGUUGAGCUAGAAAAUU